UAGAAUCUUCCCGACUCCGCCAGGGGAGGGGAGGAGCCGGCAAAACCGGCUGAGCCCCCCCUCGCUCCUCCCUUGGCGCGCUGGUGCGUCCGCAGGCUGGGUCCCUUCUGCAGACACUGAGACUGCUGUGCAGGAGACCAAGUCCUGUUCUGCAGAGAACUUUCUUCCAAGUGAUCGGUCUUCGCUGGGUACGCAGAAGCCAGAUCCACCAGAGCCGGCCCUCCUGCUCCCUCCCUCCGUGGGUUACCCUUCCAAGACGCUUGCUCCAGCCUUGCAGAUGAUAUAUAUAUUAUAAAGAUUUUUGAGUUUGGGAAAGUCUAGCAGACCUGCAAGAACAAAAGUUACUCUUCAGGAAAAUAAAACAACAUAUCCACAAUGUCCAUUGCAGAGUCAGAAAUUGUUAGACUUGCAAAGAAACAGGAAUGUAGCAACCAUAGGGAAGGCAUUCAGUUGCUAGAAGACCAGGAGAUGGCUCAGGUAUUAGAUUUAAAAGGCAAAGAUGUGUCAGCAGUUAUGCUGAUGAAGUUUAAAGGCUUGAUGGAAAGCCUGGAGUUAAUGGUUGAAGAGAUAAGGGAAUCCUUUAAAAAUGACCUAAUGGAAAUUUUAGGAGUAGAAAGUAAAAUACCUGAAGUGAAAAAUAAAAACAACACCAAUACCAAAAAGGAGUGGCAACAAAUAAAAGGCUCAACCACACAAAAACCAUGUUCGGUAGAGAAAAUAGAAGGAGCAAACUCUGACAUAGUUGAAGAUACUGAAAAUGUGGCUUCUAAAAGAAAAGAAAUAAGUGAACUGAGUAGCAAAUUAGACAAACCUGAGGACUACAGUGUGGACCAAGGCAAGGAAUUGUCCCAUGAUGAAUCACAAAAUGACAAAGUCCUGGAAAGUGUGGAGGAAACCAGAGGCAAUUUAGACAACACUUGUGAAGAUUGUAUCAUACUUACAGAAGUAACACAAGAGAACCAAGAGAUUGGAGAAGAUGAACAGGUCAAAGAAAAAGAGGAAAAAAUCCCUCAGAAUUUAGAGAAUAAAGAGAAAACUCUAAAAGCCUCCAGAGAAGAUGAAGGAGCAGUACUUAGGUUGACAGCAGACUUUUCAUCAGCAACACUGGACGUUAGUAAGCAAUGGAGUAAUGUCUUCAACAUUCUGAGGGAAAAUGAUUUUGAACCUAAAGUUCUAUGCCAAGUUAAGUUAACAUUUAAGUGUGAUGGUGAAGUAAGGACCUUUUCAGAUAUGCAAAGUCUCAGCAAUUUUACUAGCCAAAAACCAUUUAUGAACAAAUUACUGAAAGGUGUACUCCCACAAAAUGAAAAAAUAAAGAAAGGAAGAAGUUACGGAAUUCAAGAAAAAGUGGAAAAAACUCGAUUAGAUUCAAAGAAUGGAGCUGAGGGGGAAGUCAGUGAUGGCUUGAGCUUUCUCUUUGUUAAAGAAGUAAAGGUUGCUGAGCCAGAGGAGGUGAAGAAUUUAGAGAUGCCAGAAGAAGACUCUUCAGAGCUGGAAGAUGAGGAAGAAGAGGCUUCGGGCCUGGAGGAAGAGGAAGAAGAGACUUCAGGGCUAGAGGAGGAGGAAGACACUUCUGAGCUGGAAGAAGAGGUGGGAAAUGAGGCUUUGGUGCUGGAGGAGGAAGGAGAAGAGGAGGCUUCAGUAUCCUAUAAGAAACCAGCUUCAACAUUUCAGUGUCAUUCUGUGGUAAAUACAAAAUAUGGAGUUGAGGAAAAAAACAGUAAUGACUUGGAGAUUGUUUUAAUUGAAGAGGUAGUAGAAGAUUCUGACCCAGAGGAGGAAGAAGGUUCAGAGUGGGAAAUGGAAGUAGUCUUAUCUUGGGAGGAAGGAGAGGACUCUGAAGUAGAAAAUAUAAAGACUGCCUCCCAGAUUGAGAAAAAAGAGGCCUCAGAUGGACUUAAAGAAAUUGCCUGUGAUUAUUUGGCUCGGGACUUUGAGAAGAAAAAACUGGUGAAAUACCAGAUGGUACAAAAAGCCCAGAAUAAAGAGGAAACAGCUAUGCCCAGAAACCAAGGAAUUGGGACAGUCUGUCGUACCUUGCGUUUGGCCUCUCCCUCAACAUCACUAGAGCUAAGUCCUGAUAAGCAGAAAAGGCAUUUAAGUACAAAUUUGAGUACUCCAUCAGGGAUCACCAAAUUUUUAAGGAAAACUGAGAAAGGGCGACACAAAACCCUACAAACAGAUGCACAAACGUCUAAAGAAACAGACUUAAUACAAGAAACAGAAGAAAACUUUAGAAGAAAUAUAAAUACCAACUUUAGAGAGCUACAGGAGGAGGUUGCCAAUAUUAAAAAUUCUCUUCCAGAGGUCUUAGAAAUAAGUUCUAUAGAUGUUCUGAAUAGCAGAAUAAAUAUACUUGAGGAGAGAAUGGACAGCCUAGAAGAUCGUAUUGAAGAAUUCUCUAAGGAUACAAUGCAAAUGGCCAAACAGAUAAUAAAUAAAGAAAGGUCAAGAGACAUAGAGGAUAGAUCGAGAAGUUCCAACAUCCGUUUGAUAGGAAUUCCAGAAAAAGAUAAUAAAGAGAAUGGAGCAGAAGAAAUAAUUAAUGAAAUCAUUGAAGAAAACUUUCCAGAGCUAAAGGAUUCAAGUCCUGCGGUUGUCAGUGCUUAUCGAAUACCUAGUAAGAUUGAUGAGAAGAGACUCACUCCUAGACACAUCUUGGUGAAAUUUGGGAAUUCUAGUGACAAAGAAAAAAUCCUAAAGGCUUCCAGAAAGAGAGAAAUAACAUACAGAGGAAUGAGAAUCAGACUGACCGCAGAUUUAUCAUUGGACACUCUAGAUGCUAGAAGUCAGUGGAGCAAUAUAAUACAAAUUCUGCAGGCAAAAGGCUUUACACCUAGAAUCCUAUACCCAGCCAAAUUGGCAUUUGAUUUUGAAGGUAAAAUGAAGACAUUUUUUGAUACUGAAGAGUUCACAAAGUUUGUUUCCUGCACACCGUCUUUGAAAGAAUUACUGGAGGAUAUACUUUAGCCAUCUAGGAUGAGUAUAAUAAACCUGUACACACAGUACAUAUUACCUUCCUCUCACAGCAAAAGCCAAAAAGGAAAACAAAAAUAAAAUGCCACAAUCCUACCCAGGAGGAUGGAUCGUGAACAGUAUACUUUGGGGAGAAGGGGAAAGGAACUUUACAGAUGCUUCUUAGAUGUUGGUGAAGUUAAAGGGUGUAUUAAAAUUAGUGUUAAUCAUUUUAGCUUCUGUAGGAGUAGGCUUUCCAAACUACUGGGGAGAGGGAGAGAAUCCAUGUAAACAGGAAGAGGUGGGGUGAAAGCAAUAGAAAAGCACAGGAAAAAAGAUAACAGUAUAAGUAGGGAAAGAUGCAAAACUUGAACUUUUAUUGCAAGAAGAUAUUCAACUUUAUAUCCUUUAUCAUGAUGUGAAUCUUCAAUCUGUAUAUUAAACCUUUUUCCUUUGAA